GCGCUUGCGCACAAGGCCGGUCGGAGGAGUCUUCGCUUUCGCCACUGCUAGGAUAAUUCAGGAGAAGAAAGAUGAGCUUCAUCUAUGGACUGCAAUCUGCUACUAGAAACUGCGUUUUCUUCCGAUUUCACUUGCUGACCAGCUGGAGACUGUGUAACACACUAGCUGUAACCUCACCAGACUGUCAUCAAGUACAAAUUAUUCAUACAGUUAAUAAGUAUCAGGGUCUGGGAGUACAUCAGUGUGAUAGGUUGACUUUUCUGCCUAAAAAUUUUUAUUCUUAUAGGACUCUUAAUACCAAAAGACCAGAAUGCCUCUUGAAUGUGAGCCGUAAAGAAAUUUGGAUGGUUACCCCAAAAUGGACUGCAUGGAAUGACUCUCUUUCAAGACAGCUUCUGAGAAAAGAAGCUGUAGGAGCUCCUGCUCUCUCAGUAUUACGUCCUCUAAGGUGUCUUCCCACAGGAGAAGGAGACAUCAGAAGUUUUCACACUUCCCCUCGGUUUCAAGCUGCUCCGGUUCCUCUCUUGUUGAUUAUUCUUAAACCAGUGCAGAAACUAUUUGCAAUCAUUGUAGGCAGGGGCAUAAGGAAAUGGUGGCAGGCACUUCCUCUUAACAAGAAGGAACUAUUUAAAGAAAGUUUAAGAAAGAAUAAAUGGAAGUUACUCCUUUGUUUCAGUAGUUUUGGAUUGCUCUUUGUAGUGUUUUAUUUUACUCACCUGGAAGUGAGUCCUAUCACAGGAAGGAGCAAGCUACUAUUAUUGGGGAAAGAACAUUUCAGACUUUUAUCAGAACUGGAAUAUGAAGCAUGGAUGGAAGAGUUUAAAAAUGAUAUGCUAACUGAGAAGGAUGCUCGAUACCUAAUGGUUAAAGAAGUGGUUUAUCAUUUGAUUGAAUGCAAUAAAGAUAUUCCAGGGAUCUCUGAGAUCAAUUGGACUAUUCAUGUGGUUGAUUCCCCAGAUAUAAAUGCCUUUGUGCUUCCAAAUGGACAAGUGUUUAUCUUCACUGGGCUUUUAAAUAGUGUGACUGAUGCUCAUCAACUUUCCUUCCUUCUGGGCCAUGAAAUAGCACAUGCGGUACUUGGGCAUGCUGCAGAAAAAGCUAGCUUGGUUCACUUACUGGAUUUCCUAGGUAUGAUUUUUCUCACAAUGAUUUGGGCUGUUUGUCCUCGAGAUAGUUUGGCACUUUUGGGCCAGUGGAUACAGUCUAAACUGCAGGAGUAUAUGUUUGAUAGACCAUACAGUAGAACAUUGGAGGCUGAAGCUGACAAAAUUGGACUACAGCUUGCUGCAAAGGCUUGUGUGGAUGUCAGAGCCAGUUCAGUGUUUUGGCAGCAGAUGGAAUUUGCAGAUAGCCUCCAAGGUCAUCCCAAGUUGCCAGAAUGGUUAUCUACACACCCUUCUCAUGGAAAUCGAGCUGAGUAUCUGGAUAGACUCAUACCUCAGGCCCUUAAAAUUAGAGAGAUCUGUAAUUGCCCACCACUUUCUGGACCAGACCCUCGAUUACUGUUCAAACUCAGCAUGAAGCAUUUUCUUGAAGAAUCAGAAAAAGAAGACCUAAAUAUCACUGCUAAGAAACAGAAAAUGGAUACUCCUACCAUUCAAAAUCAGAAGCAAAUACCCUUAACAUAUAUAGUUGAGAAAAGAACUGGCAGUUGAAUUAAAAUUUAUGAGACACGGGAUAUAUGAAGAAUGCAGCAAUCCUUAUUUUUAUGUUCCUUUUUAAAAAAUGAUGUUUGAAAUUAAAAAAAUGUAUAUUCAGGGUCAAAUCAUGUUUAUUACAGGUAUUGUCUAAAUUCUUCUACAAGGUAUUUUCAUGAAAUAUUGAUGUAUUUUAAUGUUUUAAAAUAUCUUCAGUGAGGAAAAUGUCACAGAAUAAAUUUAUAUUACAUUUUA